AUGGCAAAUAAAAGGCAGAAAGUAGGACAAUCUUGGAAUCGAAUUUUACAAAAUCAGGUAUAUUGGUUAGACAAGAUUAUAUAUAGAAUAAAUAAUGAUUCUGAAGAAAACACAUCUUCGGAUGAGGAACAAGAGCCUCCUUGUCGCUCAGUUGGACGGCCACGGGUGCCAUUUGAAGAGGCAUCGAAGAAAACAAAACGAAGACGUGUAGCCGAAAUAACCACAGACAGAUCUGCAAAUAAACUUCAAUUUGCUGUAAAUGUCGUUUCUGGAAGCAAUCACAGUGAGAUCUCGCCACAAAUGUUUAGUUUUAGUACAGCUGAAGCUUUAGCCCUUAUGGUAGAUUUGGAUAUAUCCGUAAGAAAGUAUUUGCUACUUAGGCCGAUCAAGUUUUUAUUUAAAAAGGAAAAUGCUGAUUUAGUGCGGAAUACGGAAAGGGAAAUAAUAACAAAAAUUGAAAAUUUGAUUGAUAUUGAGAUUAAAACAAAAGAAGGGCACUCUUAUAUAAUUGAAGUUGAUAUGAUGUUAACAAUGUUGGACGGCAGGGUUUUAAACGUUCUAUCAGAGACAAAUUCAACUAUGGAGUGCAUCAUUUGCGGAGCCACAGCCAAGGACAUGAACACGUUACCAGGGAUUAACCGUCCUCCUGACGUAGACAAUUAUUUACCGGUUUGGUUUGUCAACUUUACACUGCUGGAUUCGUUUUCUGAAUGCUUACUCCAUAUUGGAUACCGCCUGCCAAUUAAAUCUUGGCAGGUUCGUGGGCCUGAAGACAAAGCUAUAGUCGAAGCAAACAAAAAACGAAUCCAAGCAGAGUUCAGAGCCAAGCUGUCUCUAAUAGUUGACAAACCAAAACCCGGGUAUGGCUCCUCAAAUGAUGGCAAUACGGCCAGAAUUUUUUUCCACAAUCCACAAACAAGUUCAGAUAUCACAGGGGUUGACAGGGAAUUAAUCGAGAAAUUUGCGAUCAUCUUAGGAGUGUUAGCUAGUGGUUGCGCUAUUGAUAUGGAAAAGUUUGCGUCAUUGCUGGAAGAAGCAAGAAAUUUGUAUAUCCACCUUUAUAAGUUUUACAACAUGCCAAACACAAGGUCCUUGUUCAUGGGUGUGAGAUAA